UCUCGCGAGAGUGACGAAAGAGGGCUCCCAUCUAAACUCUACCGAGAUAUGUCGCCAUAAGCUUCCGCUAUGUUUUUUUUAUUUUAGCAGUUAAACUUUUUGUUGAAAGUAACUCAUAUGCUGUGAUGACAAUCAAAAGAUACCAUUUUAGAUGUCACAAUGGACGAUUCACUUCAUUUUCUCUUACUCAUGAUGUAUUUGCACUAUGCAGUAGGUUCCUCCAGCAGCUGUGUCAAAAUACUUCCAGACUCAGGUCAGAAGAUUCCAGUUGAAGUUGGAACAGAUUUCACAGCGACCUGUCAUCUGCUCGAGGGGUCCCAAUACACAGCCGAUGACAUUGAAUGGUUUUUAGAAAAUAAAAGCAUUCCAAAGGAGAAAUAUUUAAAAAUAAAUGAAAAGGCUGUCAGAGUUACAGUUAACAUCAGCAGUAACGUGAACGGUUGGUUGAAGUGCAGAGCAGCUACGGAGUCCUUGUCAUACCAAAUCCCAUGUCUGUACGGAAUCUCCCUUACUACGGGAUACCCUCCGUUGAUGCCAAAGAAUUUGACGUGUAUUGCUGUGCAAGAAAACAAGGAAAUUUCCCUUAACAUCAAAUGUUCUUGGGAUCCAGGAACGCGACACCCACUGAUCGACACCACUUACAACCUUUAUGUCCAAGUAGUGUGUUUAGAAUGUAAAACUUCAGCGCCUGAGACAUUUAGCUCCAUCUGUAAAGAGCAGCUUGCAAGCAGUUGUACGGUCCACCUGAGUACUUUUCCCCAUCAUAUGGAUUUGAGAGUGUGGGUGGAAGUGAAUAAUACACUGGGCUCAGCGUGCUCAGAUGAGCUCGUGAGAGAUGCCUCAUAUUUUGUGAAACCAAAUCCACCUUUGGAUGUGCAAGUUCAAGGUGAGGUUAAUUUCUCCACGUCUCUGAUGGUUACUUGGAAACAACCCAUCGACGUGAACACUAUAGCACUCAGAUAUGUCAUCAGAUACUGCCAAGCAGGCUCCAGCGUUUGGAACGAGGUGCCUGAGGACGUGAUGCAUGCCUACAAAAAGUCAUUCAGACUGCAGUUCCUGCAGCCGUACACUGAUUAUGUGGUGCAGAUGCGAUGCAUUCAAGAAAACCAUAAAAGCUACUGGAGCGACUGGAGCGCAAAUGCUACAGAUCGCACCGCAGAAGCCGAACCAUCAAGUCAUCCAGAUCUGUGGAGAAUCAUUCAGCCCACUGCUCAUAGUAGAAAAGUCACUUUAAUAUGGACGGCUCCUGUGCAAGCUAAUGGAAAAAUACUGCACUAUGAUCUAAAAAUCAGUCAGGACCAUGAGAUGUUUGAAAGACGAGUUGUCAGAUUAAAUGAAAUGGAUCAGAUCAGAUCACAUCAGACAUAUUCUAUGGAUGUGCCACCAGGAAAAGUGGCCACUGUUGAAAUAACAGCAACAAAUUCAGCCGGAGUGUCACCUAAAGCAACUUUACUCAUUCCCAGAUCAGAUCAAGAGCUUCCUGGCGUGCAGCACAUCAACUGGUCGGUAAAUGAUGGACAGCUGCAGGUGGAGUGGCUUCUCCGCCCUCCUGGCAGCCCGAGGGUCUCUGAAUAUCUACUGGAGUGGGUGAAAGUCCCAGAGGGAGAGUUUCAGUUAGAUAGACACUGGAAGAAAGUAUCUCCACAGAUCAACAGCAACACACUUACCGGUGAUUUUAAGCCAUUCAAGCGGUACAACAUUUCAGUGUAUCCAAUGUACAGAUGUAGUGUUCAAUGUUCCAACACGUCAUUCAGAUACAUCCAAGCAGGACGACCAGUUACCACAGCAGCCUACAUAAAACAAGGAUCACCCCUAGAAGGCCCUACUGCUAGGGUUACAAAACCCAAGAAAACCAGUGCCGAGGUGACAUGGGAGGAAAUUCCACUGGACAGUCAGCGAGGAUUCAUCACUGGCUACACCAUUUUCUAUAAGACAGGGAACAUUGAGAAAUCUGUGCAGGCAGAAUCUCAUAUCCGUUCAUGUGUGCUGACUGAUCUGACCAGUGAAAGUGAUUAUGUCGUUCAUGUCAUGGUGUCAACAGUAGCAGGCACCAAACAUGGCUCUGAUUUCAAUUUCAAAACGGCAAAGUAUGGGGAUGGAGAGGUGGAGGUUAUCGUGGUGGUGGUCUGCUUCAGCUUCCUGUUCCUCACCAUCAUCAUUAUCAUGUUCUGCCUUCGGAAAAGAGAAGUGAUUAAGGAGCUGUUGUGGCCGCAUGUCCCAGACCCCAAUGACAGCUCUAUUGCCCACUGGUCACCUGAUUUCUCUGUAAAGACCAAUUUACCCAAAGAAGACGUUAGUGUGCUGGAAGUAGAUGUGUUUGAUGGGAAGUCUUUAUUUGAAGAAAACAAAGUUGCACUGCCACUCAAGAAAGACAAAUAUCUGUCUGAGGAACACAGCAGCGGUAUCGGCAGCUCAUCCUGUAUGUCGUCACCCCGCCACAGCGUGUCGGACAGUGACGAGGGUGACUCAUGCCAGACCAUGGCCAGCACCGUGCAGUACUCGGCCGUAGUGGCGAGCAGCUACAAGGGCCAGAUCCCCAACCAUCAGGCGCCUUUGUUUGCUCGCUCCAAAUCCACCCAGCCCCUCCUGGAUUGUGAGGAACAUACGGAACAUCUGUACGAGGGCAGUGGCCAGUCUAGAAACUCUUACUUUAGGCGAGGCAGAGGACUCGAGCUGGCUGAUGGCGAGGAGCCAAACGGGAGUCCUCUGACUUUCUGUCCAAUGGAGGAACAGAUGUCUCCUAUCGUAGAGGAUCCAGCCGCCUCCAUGUCAAGUUACAUGGCACAGCAGAAUGGCUAUCGACAUCAAUAAAGAGAAACAUUCAUACAGGCUCAUCUCAGUUUUGAAAACACCUUCAGCUAUCUGUCAGCAUCGAUUGACAGCCAUAAUAUUGGAUGUUGCGAGCAAAUUGUUCUUUCAAAUCAGUUAUUUUCGGUCAGACCAGUACAAAACACCUGAAUGAUUCAUUGGCGAAUCAGUUUUAACAAAAAAUUCCCAAGUAAUCACAAUGACUAGAAUCAUCAUAGAAAAGUUGUGAAAAUGUCUUUGCCAUUGCUGAAGUGUCUCCUCAAGCUUCCAGAGGUUUGUGGUUAGUGGACAUUUUGAGGUGACAUGCAGCUUAAACACUUCCAUUGUAGACAACUUCAAGCUGUUGCAGUGUGACAAAAGUCAUUUUUCACACAAUGUUACUUUCAGAACAACUAUGCAUUCUUGAAACAGAGAAUUGUUACACAUUUCCUGAAUCCAGUGGCUGAAUGUAUCAUGUUUCUUAAUGUCUUCCCUCCCUUUAAAAGUUCCAGUAACAUACAUACACAACUCUUUAAAAUGUGUUAAAGAAUUUACUAUGAAAUUAUGAAUUUUACCACAAUAUGCCUAAUGAGAUAUUUUGUCAUAUGCCCUUACUUGUCAUAAUAUUUCAACUACUUUCAGUUUGAAGUUGUUUUAUGAUUUGUAAUUUUCAGUUGGCAAGACAAACCUGAUGGUUUAAAAAGUGUAUUUGACAGGUUAGAGCUGAAUUGACCUUUUAGUAAAUGGCAAUCUGCAGAGAUUGUCAAUUUUUUUACUUAUAGUAUUAUUAAUAUUUUUAGCAACAUACGACAGAAUGUAAUUAAGUCUAGCUCGAGUUAUUGACAACACUUUCAAGUUUCUUGGGAUUUUGUUUCCCCAACUGGAACAAAACUAACACUACUCUGCAUUAUCUAUUAAGAAAUGAAUGUCAUUUACAUGUAUCCUCUCAUGCAUAUCACAAAUACGGAGUUAAAUAAAGACUUUAU